UGGUCGGAUCGCACACGAUGAAAAAGCGAAGCCGGCUGGCGCUGCCGCCGCAGAGUCCCGAUGGUCCGCGCCAGACGCCGGUAGAGGUCAUUGUCCUUGACGACGAGGUGCCCAAGCAGGAGACAAGCAAGCAUGUAGACAAGGUCAUGGCAAGCCCACCGAACGACGAUGCGAGCCUCGGUCUCGAGCUGCGUCUGUACCAGGAAGGUCUCGACGGCGACUGGCUCCAGCUCGCUUGGAUGCGCACGCGCGCCGAAGUCCCUUCGUCUGAAGCUGUGCCGAUGGAGAUGGUGCUACCGAGUGUCACGUGCAACCUGCACGACGUUCUACCGUCGACGAAAUCAUCGCCGCGCCCCAUUUCGUCAUCAACCGUCAAAAUCGCCGCCGACGUCCCACUUGCCCAGCGCUCCAAAGCCGAAUGCAUGGCGAAGAUUCAAGCGUGGCUACGACACGGCGACGGCGACGUAGCUUGGUCCACGUGCGACGCGCUGCUAACCGACUGCGACUGGGCAACCGUGUUGGCGCCGCCGCCAUCGCCAUUGACGCUCUGUGCCAUGCUCCGCGCAUCCUCGAGUCCGUCGCUCUUCCGACACGUGUGGCUGCAAGAGACGCUGCUUCGAUCGACGCUCUUGCACGCUGGCGCAUUGCGCGACGUGGCGUUGCUGACCCGCCUUGUUGACUGCGACCACGUGCGGAGCAUGGCGCCGCGGGCCUUUCGCUCGACUUUGCGGCAGUUGGACUUGCGCAAAGACGGCGAAGACGUGGGAAUCUACCUCGAAUCCGAACUGGUUCGCGUCUACCACACGUUGCGGUGAAUGGAAGGAGCGGUGAUAUAGCUCGUUGUAUGUGGG